AUGUGUGCACAUGUGUAUCCAGGCAUGGACCCUCGGGACCACUAUGACCUGCUUCAGCGGCUGGGUGGUGGCACCUAUGGAGAAGUCUUCAAGGCUCGAGACAAGGUGACGGGGGACCUGGUGGCAUUGAAGAUGGUGAAGAUGGAGCCUGAUGAUGAUGUUUCCACACUUCAGAAGGAAAUCCUCAUCUUGAAAACUUGCCGGCAUGCCAACAUUGUGGCCUACCACGGGAGUUAUCUCUGGCUGCAAAAGUUCUGGAUCUGCAUGGAAUUCUGUGGGGCCGGUUCUCUUCAGGACAUCUACCAAGUGACAGGCUCCCUCUCAGAGCUCCAGAUCAGCUACAUCUGCCGAGAAGUUCUCCAGGGACUGGCCUAUCUGCACUCACAGAAGAAGAUACACCGGGACAUUAAGGGAGCCAACAUCCUCAUCAAUGACUCUGGGGAGGUCAGGCUGGCCGACUUUGGUAUCUCAGCUCAGAUCGGGGCAACGCUGGCUCGACGCCUCUCUUUCAUUGGGACACCUUACUGGAUGGCUCCAGAAGUGGCUGCCGUUGCCCUGAAGGGCGGAUACAAUGAGCUGUGUGACAUCUGGUCUCUGGGCAUCACAGCCAUAGAAUUAGCCGAGCUACAGCCACCGCUCUUCGAUGUGCACCCUCUCAGAGUUCUCUUCCUCAUGACCAAGAGUGGCUAUCAGCCUCCCCGGCUAAAGGAAAAAGGCAAAUGGUCUGCUGCCUUCCACAACUUUGUUAAAGUCUCCCUCACCAAGAGCCCCAAGAAACGACCCAGCGCCACCAAGAUGCUCAGUCAUCAACUGGUAUCCCAGCCAGGGCUAAAUAGAGGCCUGAUCCUGGAUCUUCUUGACAAACUGAGGAACCCAGGGAAGGGGAUUCCUGUUGGUGAGACUGAAGAUGAGGAGCCUGAGCCACCCCCUGCCAUCCCUCGGCGGAUCAGAUCCACCCACCGAUCCAGCUCCCUGGGGGUUCCAGAUGCAGACUGCUGUCGACGACACAUGGAAUUCAGGAAGCUCAGAGCAAUGGAGUCCAGACCUGCAGCUGACACUGCUCGCUUGCAGCCCCCUGCAGACUUCAGGAGCAGCAGUCCUAGGAGGCACCUGUCGGAGUCUGAUGAUGACUACGAUGACGUGGACAUCCCCACCCCUUCAGAGGACACACCUCCUCCACUGCCCCCCAAGCCCAAGUUCCGUUCUCCAUCGGACGAGGGUCUUGGGGUGCCUGGGGAGGAGGGUCAGCUGAGCCCGGGGGUGCUGGUCCGGUGUGCCAGUGGGCCUCCCCCACGCACCCCCCAUGUCGGACCUCCCCCAGCCACCAGGAGUCCCCAUCUAACUGCCCAUUCAGAGCCCUCACUCUGGAACCCAACCCCUCAGCAGUCUGACCAGCCCCCACGGUUGCCCCCCAAGAAGGAAAAGAUGAAGAGAAAGGGAUGUGCCCUUCUUGUGAAGUUGUUCAAUGGCUGCCCCCUCCGGAUCCACAGCACGGCCGCCUGGACACACCCCUCCACCAAGGACCAGCACCUGAUCCUAGGGGCAGAGGAAGGCAUUUUCAUCUUGAACCGGAAUGAUCAGGAGGCCACGCUGGAGAUGCUCUUUUCUAGCCGGACCACCUGGGUGUACUCCAUCAACAAUGUCCUCAUGUCUCUCUCAGGAAAGACCCCCCACCUGUACUCUCACAGCAUCCUGGGCCUGCUGGAGAGGAAAGAGACCAGAGCGGGAAGCCCCAUCUCUCACAUUAGUCCCCACCGACUACUCGCAAGGAAGAACAUGGUCUCCACCAAGAUCCAGGACACCAAAGGCUGCCAAGCGUGCUGUGUGGCGGAGGGCUCCAGCUCCGGGGGCCCCUUCCUGUGUGGGGCGUUGGAGACCUCUGUGGUCCUGCUUCAGUGGUACCAGCCCAUGAACAAGUUCCUGCUGAUCCGGCAGGUGCUGUUCCCGCUGCCUACGCCCCUGCCCGUGUUCGCGCUGCUGACGGGGCCGGGCUCCGAGCUGCCCGCCGUGUGCAUCGGCGUCAGCCCGCGGCCCCCCAAGUCCGUGCUCUUCCACACCGUGCGCUUCGGCGCGCUGUCCUGCUGGCUGGGCGACAUGAGCACCAAGCACCAGGGACCAGUGCAGGUGACCCAGGUGGAGGAAGACAAAGUCAUGGUGUUGAUGGACGGGUCUCUGAAGCUGGUGACGCCGGAGGGAGCCCCAGUCAGGGGGCUUAGAGCUCCGGAGAUCCCCAUGACGGAAGCUGUGGAGGCUGUGGCGAUGGUCGGAGGGCGGCUCCAGGCCUUCUGGAAGCAUGGCGUGCAGGUGUGGGCUCUAGGCUCUGACCAGCUGCUUCAGGAGCUGAGAGACCCCACCCUCACCUUCCGUCUGCUUGGCUCCCCCAGGCCUGUAGUGGUGGAGACACGCCCAACAGAUGAUCCUACGGCUCCCAGCAACCUCUACAUUCAGGAAUGA